AACCAGCACGACCUACCCCUAACCUAACCAAAAACUCCCAAAAUGACUAUUUCAUCUCUAACUUGCAUUAUCCUCCUGCUAGGAUCAUGCUGUUUUCUCAGCCAUGCCCAACAGUUUACCAGCCAAUGUGACAAGCCAAGGAAUGCAAAUCUACCAUUUUGCGACUCCAGCUUGCCCACAGAAGCUCGCGUGUCGGAUUUGAUCUUUCGCCUCACCUUGGCCGAGAAGAUUGGUCUGCUCGUUCACGAGACGGAGGGUGCCACUCAAAACGUGGAUCUGGACUCGUACAACUGGUGGAACGAGGGUCUCAAAGGGGUCGCCGAUGCGCCAGGGGCUCAUUUCCGACCCCCCACGGAAUACUCGACCGUGUUCCCACAACCCAUCAACCUUGCCUCCUCCUUCAGUAAAGAACUCUUCUUCCAAGUCGGCAACAUAACGGGGAACGAAGCAAGAGCAUUCUUCAACGUGGGGAAUGGAGGGCUGACGUACUGGUCACCAAACAUAAACAUCUACCGCGACCCCAGAUGGGGGAGAGGUCACGAAACCCCGGGAGAAGAUCCACGCCUCAGUACGGAAUUCGCACGUUACUUCAUUCGCGGAUUGCAGGGUGACGAAUCUGCAAAUGGAUUCCUCAAGACUUCCGCGUGCUGCAAACAUUUCGCCGCACACUCGCUGGAGAACGAUAGAUUCACCUUUGACGCUGUUGUCAACGAGCAGGACAUGGCGGACACGUACCUCCCCGUGUUCAAGAGUUGUGUACAAGAGUCGGACGUGAGCUGUAUCAUGUGUGCUUACUCGGCCAUUAACGGAAUCCCCGCCUGCGCAGAUAAAGGCCUACUGACCGACAAGAUCCGAGGGGAGUGGGGUUUCGAGGGCUAUAUCGUGUCCGACUGCGGGGCGGUCGACUUUGUCCAAAGGACCCACAACUAUACCCAGUUCCCCAACGAGACCUGCCACGCCGUUCUAGACGCCGGGGUCGACAUCGAGUGCUACGCCUACAACGGUCCCUUCUUCACCCGCUACUUGGGAGACGCCGUGGCGGAAGGGGCAGUCACCCCGGCCGUGCUGGAUACCGCGCUCGCCAACGGGUUCAGGGUCCUCAUGCGGCUCGGAUACUUUGAAAAGAAUGCGACCCGUCCCUUCACCGACCUUCUGCCACCCAUCGUGGACAGCCAACCUCAUCGAGACGCCGCCUUGGCCGCGGCCCGACAAAGUAUCGUCCUCCUUAAGAACUCCCCCGUCUUGGGGAAGGCAGGCAAGGCCCCACUACCCGUUACUUUGGGGGCACAAAAACAAGGCACGAUGGCCUUGAUCGGACCACACCUGAACGCCUCGAGAGCCUUCUUGGCCAACUACCAUGGAAUUCCUUCCUCCAUCUCGACCCCAUUGAGUGCCAUCCGAGCCUCCUUUCCCAACGCCCAGUACGAAUUCGGCUGCGACUUGAUAUCCACAACGAACCCGCAUUUGGAUGAGGCCGCCGCCCUGGCCGCGAUCUCCUCCCCCGUCGUUCUCUUUGUGGGGAUCAACGCUGCGCAGUUUGAGGAGGAGGGGGUCGAGUAUGAAGAGCAUGACAGGUUAAACUUGACCCUGACAGGGUUGCAGCCUGAACUCAUCCGAACUGUCCUAGCCGCCGCGAGGGAGCCCGUGAUCCUCUUCGUGGUCUCGGGUGGCGUGGUGGACCUGUCCGAGUGGAAGGAUGAUCCCCGAGUGGGAGCCAUCAUCUGGGCGGGAUAUCUGGGGCAGGCGGGCGGAGAGGCGAUAGCAGACGUCCUUUUCGGCCGGUACAAUCCGUCGGGACGCCUGGCACAAACGUUCUACUCGAACGAAGUGAUCACCCAGUUUGAGAAGUAUGAUAUGAACAUGCGCCCCACGGAGGGAACGUCGACGGGGAGGACGUAUCGUUUUUACGAGGGGACGCCCGUCUAUCCAUUCGGGUUCGGAUUGUCCUACACAACCUUCGAGUAUAGCAUUCUUAACUUGCCCCCUAUCCUUGAAAUACCGACGAUCGGAGGAGUGGAUCAAGACUGCGCAGUGAUGGUCACUCUGGCCGUGAGGAACGUGGGGGUGACUGCGGGGGAUCACUCGGUCCUCUGGUUUCUCGCCCCACCCAACGCAGGACAGGGAGGAAGACCAAUUAGGGAUUUGCUCGAUUUUGAAAAACUGGAGAAUAUUUCAGCGAAUGAGGUGAGGGAGGCAAACCUUUGUCUGAAUCGGGACCACUUCGUCCUGGCGAAUGAGGCAGGGGAGUGGGAAGUUGUUCCAGGGGACUGGACCCUGCAGGUGGGACAAUUGGAGAGAGUUAUUCGUGUUGCCGUUUAAAUAUCAAAAUUCAUGGUUAUGACUUGUUGUGAAUAAAUUAAAUCAUGUUUGUCCGACUCUG